AUGCAAAUGGUGGAAUGGGCUACUUUGGGUGAGAUGUCUGGGAGGAAGGACAGUAAGCAGGGGCAUAAGGCUCUGGUUUCCGAGCUGCUCGAAUUAGAAUGCCAAGCUAAUUUAACAACUACAAAGGUACCCCUUCCAGAUGGAGGCACGACGAAGAGCUUGUCUGAUGGAGAAACGGGAUGCAAGUCCCCACCAUUAAUGAAAGAGAAGUGUUAUGACUCAGAUACAGAUCUCCAAGUCCAUUUGAAGGUUAGCGUGGAGAGGAGGGGAUUAUGGGAUAGCUUAAAGACAAUUUGUAUGGAGGGUCCAUGCAUGGUAAUGGUGGAUUUUAACAUCAUUCGAGAUGAUCGGGAGCGAGUAGGUGGGAAUCCACGACCAUUAAACUCCAUGGAUGAGUUCAAUGAGUGUUUGGAUUCCUGUGGGUUGCUAGACCUUGCAGUGGAAGGUUUUAAACCUUUUGUUGAGGUGAUUUGGCUUGAACCGGUGCAAUCUUCUGGGUUCUACAAAUUGGCUGAAAAGCUAAGGAAAGUAAAGAUUGCGUUGAGAACUUGGAAUAGAAAGUUGGACAUUUGGGAGCAUAGAGAAGAAACCCGUAUGUCACAAUUGGCCAAGAAAAAGUUGUUGAAGGAGGGUGAUCAAAAUACCAGUUUUUUCCAUGCUAGUGUUAACCAAAAGAGGAAGAAGCUUCUGUCUCAGAUGGUACUUGAGGAUGGUAGUGUCUUUGAGACACCAGAAAUUAUUCAUGAGGGUGAGACUACUUAUUUCCAGAAUUUCCUCUCUAUGCCAAACAUGGUGACGCAGGGGAAUUUAUCAUCAUUGAUUGAUGCAGAUAUAUCCCAAGAAGAAAAUAUAGAACUUGUUUGGGUACCUUCUUGUGAGGAGGUGGCAGAAGCCUUGGCAAAUAUCCCGAAGGAUAGUACACCUGGGCCAGACGAUUUUGGCUCGACAUUUUAUACUCAUUGUUGGGAUUUUAUCAAAGAGGAUUUAGUCGAGGCAGCAGAAGAAUUUUUCUUGGGUAAUCCUGUACCUCACUUUUAUCCUGCUUCUUAUAUUGUGCUAAUACCCAAGGUAGAGGAUCCGAGAAGUUUUGAUAAAUUUAGACCAAUAAGCCUUUGCUCAGCGGCUUAUAAAAUUUUCUCAAAGAUCUUGGUUAAACGGUUGACUCAUUUUCUUCCUCGCUUGAUUUCAAGUGAACAAGGGACCUUUAUCCCAGGGAGGAGUAUUUUUGAAAAUAUUACGUUGGCACAAGAAAUGGUACACUCUUUGAACAAGAAAGUAAUAGGUGGGAAUGUUAUGCUCAAGAUUGAUAUGGCCAAGGCUUAUGACCAAGUAGAUUGGUCGUUUUUAGAGAUUGUCCUACACAGCUUUGGUUUUUCCCCUCCAGUUUGCAGUUUGGUGAUGAAUUGUGUCAGAUCUCCCUGGUUCUCCAUAAUGAUGAAUGGGACUUAUAAGGGAUUCUUCCAGCCGGUCCGAGGAUUAAGGCAAGGGGAUCCCCUCUCGCCGUAUUUAUUCAUUAUAAUGGAAGAUGUCCUAUCUCUUCUUUUAAAAAAGGAAUUUGUUGAUGGACAGAUACGUUGUUUUUCUCAUCCUGUGGGUGCUCCAUUGGUGUCGCACUUACUUUAUGCAGAUGAUUUAUUAAUUUUUGCUAAUGACUCCAUCUGGACAAGCUUCUUCCGUGCAAAAUAUUUACGUACUGGUCACGUGAUGCUAGCUGAAACGCGGCCCACAGCCUCCCGUUUUUGGAGGUCUAUAGUCAGUGUAAUUCCUGAAGUGGUUGGGAAUGUGGCAGUGAAAGUGAGGAAUGGAGAGUCUUCAUUCUGGUUUGAUAAAUGGUUGGUGGAUGGUCCCCUGUGUAGCAGAUAUGAGGUGAUAAAUGUUGGAAUUAAAAUUCAGGAUGUUUGGUUAAAUGGUUCGUGGGAUGAAGAUAAGCUAGUGGACCUCAUUGGUCUAGAACAAGCUGGCGAAAUCACACGUAAAAUAAUAGUCGGGCGAGAAGGAUCGAACAUUUUGAUCUGGAAGCCUGCAGUAGAUGGGUGCUUCUCGACUAAUAGUGCUUGGAAUUUACUUCGGAUAAGGGGUGUUGAGAGACUUGAGUUGGACUGGGUUUGGCAUCAAUUGCUGCCAAAAAAGAUAUCGAUGUGCAUGUGGAAGGCAAGAUUUGGAGCAUUGCCAGUCGGUGUUCGCAUUCAAGCUAUAGAUAUUCCCAUGGUGUCACGUUGCGACUGCUGUGUGCUAAGGGAGGUUGAAACUGUUGACCAUGUUUUGAGAUUGGAUAGUAUUGCCAUGCAGGUUUGGAACAUGGCGUCCAUUGCUUUGGGUAUCAGCUGCAUGGAGGGUCGUUCUUGGUGGAAACUGUUCAAGGGUGGUUGGGAUAUGCCAAAAAGUCCAGCCAUAGAGGAAUACUUCUUGGCUUGCUACCGUCCAUCAUCACUUGGAGACUAUGAUUGA